AUGUCUGUACGUGGAAAGAAACACACAGUGGCUGGCAAGACUGGAGCUGCACCGAAGAAAACCAAAUCAGCUCAGGCGGGUCUGCAGUUCCCCGUGGGUCGUGUCUACAGGCUCCUUAAAAGAGGGAACUAUGCUGACAGGAUCGGUCCUGGUGCUGCCAUCUACCUGGCUGCGGUGCUGGAGUACCUGAGCGCGGAGAUCCUGGAGCUGGCAGGGAACGCUGCACAUGAGAACAAGAAAGCCAGGAUCCUGCCCAGGCACAUCCAGCUGGCCGUGAGAAACGAUGAUGAGCUGAACAAGCUCCUCUCCUGCGUGACCAUCGCUUGA